AUGCGACAAAUUUCUCAAUAUUUAUUUUUAUUUUGUAUUAUACAAAUAAUUCAAUCGAAAUCAAUAAAAAAAUACGAUGAAUGUGAUCAAUUUCUAAAUAUAAAUGACUGUUAUUAUUUUCCAUGCUUAGAUGCCCAUUAUUCAUGUGGUCCUGAUAAUCAUUUGGUAAGAUUUAAUUAUGAUUUAUGCAUUUUACCAACAAAAACUUAUUCUAAAAAUUUAACAGCCAAUGCACUUUUUUAUUUUAAUCAUACAAAUAUAUGUGCAAUGACAUCUUUAAAUGAGCAAUUAGUUGAAGAAAAAAUUUCUGAAAUAUUUACAUGUGCACAUUUACAUGCAAUGAUAUUUAAAAUAUAUGUGAAUUGCUUUCAAAAUAAUGAACGAGAAAAUCAAAUGAUUAAAAUAAUUGAUUUUUGUUCAAUUAUAUGUGAAAAUUUACAAGCCAUGAUAAAUAUAUUUUUACAUUUAAAUGAAGCUCAUUUUAAUGUACUUUUAUUACUUCUGGAAACAGGCAAAAAUUGUGGAGCACAAAUUAGUGAUUCAGUGAUGCAUACGAUACCUUCUGCCCUUAUCGCCAUUUGUCUUGAUAGAAAAAAUGUACGUUUAGAAUACGAUAUAACUGAAAUUAUGUUCAAUUCAAGAUUUGAAGCAGGUGAUUAUGAAUGGACAUAA